UGAUAGUAAAAGAAAUGUGUAAAAAGAAAAUUACAUGUAACACAAAAACAUCUGAAGAGGCAGAUGAAGAAAGAAAUGAAAACAAAAAUGUAAAAACCAGUAUUGAAAAAAAAGAAUCUGGCGAGUCAGAAAUCAAUAUGAAUGAAACUGGUGAUACUAGAAGAGAGAGCAGCAGCGAUAGUUGUAAUUGUGACAGUACUAAUGACAAUAACAGAACACAUCUGGAUGAAGCAAGUAAAGAUGAUGUGGCAUCAAUGCAAGAUUCCCUACAGGAAAAGCAACACCAGUCAAGAGAAGCCAUAACAAAAGAGAAACCUGAAGCACAAAAGCAAGAAAUGCUGUUUGAAAAUUUGAAAAUCAAGAACAUAUUCUAUAAACCCAUUAACUUUGAAAUGAGUUUUUUUGCUUGUGACAUAACUGGUUCCUUGUUUCUUGCAGAUGGCUCCCUUAUUUUAUGUGACAAUGCUAAUUCAAAUGUGAUCCUCCUAGAUAAAAGUUUUCGAAUGCUUCAUAAAAUACACUUUGAAGGUAAUCCCUGGGAUGUCGCACUUGUUAGCACAAAUGAAAUCAUUGUAACUCUGAAGUCUCAGAAAUCACUAUCAUAUGUCAACGUUGAGUCUGGAAGGUUAACUGAGGGAAUGAGUAUAAGUUUAAAGAGGGUGCCCUGGGGUAUCGCUACCUACAAGGAUAAUAUUAUAACAACAUUCCAUAACAACCCAGGAAAAGGCGUCAUUGAGAUCCGUAACAGACAUGGAAAAGUUUUACGUAACAUAACUGUUGAUAAGCAUGGCCAGGAACUUUUUGCCUCACCCUGUUAUGUAGCAGUCAAUCAACACAAUGGUGACAUCUAUGUUACUGACAGCAGAAAACAAAGUAUAACCUGUCUGACUUUUGAAGGGAAACCUUUGUACCGAAUGGAGAGUGAGGAAUUGAAAUGGCCAAGGAAAGUAAUCCUUGAUGAUCAAGGUAACUGCCUAUUGUGUGCAAGCUUAGCAAAUAAGAUACUGCUGAUAAAGAACAAAUCAAAAUCUCCACUUCAAUCAAAGGAAGAGAAAAGUGAAUUUAGGGUAUGGCUGAAGAAAUGCAAACGUCCUCAAACUGUCUCUAUUAGGUGGGAAGAUCAAACAAUGAUUGUUGGCCUUAAUGCAAAGAACAUGAUGCUAGUUCUCGAAUAAUGGUGUAAAUAACAGUGACUAGUCAAAAGAUAAUUCUGAAACAUAUAAGGACUUUUAUUAUGUCAUAAAGGCACCAAUAUACGCCUAUGGAAUACAUACUGUAGUAUUUAUACAUGUAGAUAUUGUACUAGAAACACAAAUAAUAAUCCUAUCCGGUAUUUUAUCUUUGCACCCAUAUGACUUCACUUAUAAGGAAUAAUAAAGUAACUGUAUAGUUAAAAAAAAAUGGUUAUAAGUCAUUUUAUCAAAAUGUAAAUUUUCAAGGUAAAUACGUCUGAGGAGCUUUUUCAUGUUUUUAUAUAUAAGCCGCGCCAUGAGAAAACCAACAUAGAGCGUACGGUUUCUCACAUUGCAAUAGGCUUUGAAAGCGAACAGCAUGGAUCCUGGCCAGACUGUGCGGAUGCGAAUGAUUUAUUCAACGACAAAUCACUGGACGAGAUAUAUUAUUUCUUAAAUAUUAUUUCCAUCACCAUAGUAUGCAAAAAUUUAUACAUCUGAUCUCAUCAACUAACGCAAAGGUGCUAAAUAAACUCGCAUGUUAUAUACACUGUGCCUUGAAAAUUAGAGAAAAUUUCUUAAAUGAUAGAAUAUGAAAUAGUUAUUAAUGAUUUAAAGCUUUGUAUUUUAUGAAUUGUUACUCUCGUUUUGAAUGUUUAUUUUUUGAAUGUGUAGAUAUUUAUGUGUUGUAUAGUUUGACCGUAUAUAUUUGCUAUAUUGCUAAUUGUAUUUUUAGAUGAGGAGCUUCCAGCUCAAGUCUUGAAUAAAAAUCUUCUUCUU